AUGCCAAAUAUCGAUGACCUUAUUUCUUCACUUGCUUCUGGUUGUACUUCCCCUAUUGCUACUCAUACUCCUACUGCGACGGUUCACGUUGAAUCAUCCACUCAUCUACUCAUGGGAUUCAAAUUGAAUAGAUCCAACUAUGAGAUAUGGACUUCGAUGAUUGAACUCCAUACAAUUAUACAAGGCAAAUUGGGUUACCUGAUUGGCCACACUGAUGCCCCGGAUUCCCUUAACCCACAAUUUGGGAAGUGGAAAAUUACUAAUUCUACUAUGUUUUAUGAUGGCUCUGACAUAUCCCAGCUCUAUGAACUGUGGUGCCAAGCUACUUGUCUCAAGAAAGGGGGUCGUCCUGUCUCCACUUAUUUUGACGAACUUAAGGCAAUCUAG